AAGGAAUGGUAGGAACAAGCAUAUCCGCCAAUAAAUGAAAAGAAAUAUCACGCCAGUGUAAUCUGUUUUUAUAAAUACAUACACGCAUGCUUCUCCAUUUGACCAAUGAACAAACAAUCUGCCAAUCGCUAUCUAUAGAUAGUAAAAGUUUACUGCGCGGUAUAUAACAUUGAAUAUAAUGCCAUGUAAACAUUGCUUUUUCUAUAAAGGCAGAAGCAAAAUGUGGCACAAGACCUUUUUAUUACUUUCCGUCCUGUUGAGCUUUAUCAAUGCCGAACAACAGGACUCGUUUGUUCAAAAUGAUAAACGAUUCCAACUGGCCGUGUCAGGAGAUGCACUAGUUCCUGCAGCGCCAGAAGAUUCCGACGAUGAUUUUCAAGCUUCACAUGCCGUACAUUUGAAAACAUCUAAUGGUGUUAAAAUUAAGUUGCUCCUAGCGUUACCACCUGAUCUACAGCCAGCGACCGACGAUAACGAAGAAAAUUCUGAACAAGCACCGACAGUUCCACUGCUACCUGCUGAUCCUUCAACGCCUAUUGAAAGCGAUCUUACCCCUGAAACCCCUGAAGUUGAUCCGUCAGAGCCUGAAAUUCCAGUUGAACUGCCUGUAGAGGAAGAAUUGCCAAUUGAACAACCACCAUCAAUACCAAACGUGCCGUCUGUUCCGUCUGGAGAUGGACCAUCGUCGCCAUCAAUCCCAGAUGUGCCGUAUGUCCCGUCUGGAGGUGGAUCAUCCUCCGUCUUCCCAAUUGUAUUCAGAACAAUAAAUGGAGUUCAUGUAAGGCUUCAUGUUAAUGUUCCUCCAGAAUUUCAACAUAUUAUCGAAGCCCAUGAAUCGAUUACCGUACCAGAAAGUGCUUUACCGCAGAGGCCUGUUUAUUUACCUGUACCACAACCAGAACCUAUAGAAGAUGAAUUACAAACGCCUACAGUUCCCGAACCAGAAAAGCCAGAAGAGCCUAUUGUCUCUAACCCAGAUCAAUCAGAAGAUGAACCACAGAGACCUAUAAUUCCUAAGCCACAACCAAUUCCAAUUCCAGAAGAACCCACAAAUUCUAACCCUGAUCUAUCAGAAGAUGAACCACAACGACCUAUAAUUCCUAGACCAGAACCAAUUCCAGUAGAACCUAUAUCUGUUCCUGAAGAAAAACCCAUCGGACUUAAACCACUUGUUCUUGAAACAGAAAAUGGAAUAAAAGUAAAGCUGUUUAUUGACGUUCCGCCCCAUCUAGCUUCAUUAAUUGAUAUAAAUCAGUCAAUCGAAGGCCCAUCAGUAGGUGCCGGCCCAGUUGUACCCAAUAUCCCUGGAAACGAAAAUCCAUCUGCACCAGACGCUGAAACACCAGCUAAUCCAGAACCUGAGGUUCCAGCAACACCAGAACUUGAAGUUCCUGAUACCCCUGAGCUUGAAGUCCCUACUACCCCAGAACUUGAAGUUCCUGCCACCCCAGAAGUUGAAGUUCCUGCCACUCCCGAACUUGAAGGUCCAGAAUCUGAUAUCCCAUCCGAUUCCCAACAACCUUCACUUCCCGAAACACCUGAAACGGGAGGAGUCAUAAAAGUACCGGAUCCUUCCGACUUAGUUCCGGAAGAUCAGCACAUAAAAUUAUCUACUGAUAGCGGGGUCGAGCUGCACGUCAAGAUUAGUUCACCAAUCCAAGUUCGUCAUCUGGUCCAGCAAAAAAGCGCAGUAGUUUACGUCAACAAUUAAUAAUGACAAUAAUAAGUAAAAAAUGCGAUUGUAUGGACUUGCAGAAAUAAAAUCCUUACUACUUUUUUAAAGUUGUAAUAAA